ACUUGGGAGUCACAAUGUCCGCAGUUUGAGAGAGUGAGAGCUUUCGACACUCUACGAAAACCUCGAUCGUGUGUGAUGAAAUGUCCACCGCCAGUGUGCCUCGACUCACGAUGAAGCGAUCGGACAUGAGCUCUCGAUCGUCUGCAAUCCGUCUGUUGGUUUCGCUAAUUUUCCUCAGCUCGCCAGACCUGAUGCCUUCCUGGAACGCUAGCGCUGAACUGGCUCCUGAAGAGGAAAAUGCACUCCAGGUUUUGAGGCUGAAAUUUAAUUUGCCCCAGUGGUCUGGUGACCCUUGCGUGAGCGACAAUGUCAGCUGGAUAACGUGCUCGAAUUCGAGCAGUUCCAGUUCCAGCAAUUCUCAGUUCACAAACGUUGUAGAGAUUGAUCUGAAGACCCGAAAUCUGUCGGGGACCAUACCUGUGGAGAUAUUGCAGCUGCGGCAAACACGUAUUCUAUUGAUGAAUCAGAACAUGCUUCGUGGUUCGAUACCAAGUUUCAGCAACAUGACAAACCUCACAAAUUUAGACCUCAGUGCAAAUAUGUUAUCGGGAACAAUUCCAGACGAUCUCAUAGGAUCUAGCGACAUCCGUCAAAUCAUCUUGACCAAUAACAAUCUUUCUGGAGGCAUCCCUGCAUCUCUCUUCAAGCACACAACAGCUGAUCAAAUAAGGAUAGAACAAAAUCCCCUGGGAGGAACUAUCCCAGACCUGAGUGCACUAACGAGCUUGACUUAUUUAUAUCUGGAGAGGACAAACUUGACGGGAAGUAUACCAGUUUCAGUUAAGAACUUGACGUCCGUGCAGCAGCUAAAUUUGAAAUACAAUCCUGAAUUGAAGGGACCCCUUCCAGAUUUCAGUGGAUUGUCCAACCUUCAGUAUCUGGACUUGAGGAACUGUGGUUUUAGCGGCUCUCUGCCGGAAUUAAAAGAAUCAUCGGGGCUGCUCGGAAUACAAUUCUCCGGCAACAAUUUCAGCGGAUCGAUUCCCCCUGCCCUGCUUCAAGCGAAAGCUCAUGUUCAAUGGCUGGAAAUGGAAGAUAAUCCUGGACUCUCAGGGACGGUUCCAGAUGUGAUUCAGAUGACGGGUCUUGAGAUUCUCAAAAUAUACGACUGUAACGUGAGUGGACCUCUGCCUAGCUUCGAAACAAACAUUUUGCUCAGAUACUUGUUGUUGCAGAAUAACCAUUUGACCGCGUUUCCUUCGGACAUGAGAGUCUUGACUAAAUUGCAGGGCAUAAAUGUUGCGAACAACUCAAUUUCGGGAGGCUUACCUCUCCUGCCUGCUGGUUCUACUCAAACAAAUACGGAUGGUUAUCGACUCCAGGACCUAGAUUUUAGCAACAACAACUUCUCUGGUGAACUUCCGGACUCUUGGAGUGAACUGAGUUUCUUAGAAAGCUUGAAUCUGAAUUCCAACAGCCUCAGCGGAGUAAUACCAGCGGACUUUGGGAAUCUCACGAAGUUGACAACGCUAGAGCUGAGCAACAACAAUUUUUCAGGACCCAUUCCUGACGACCUCGGACGCCUUGCGAACCUGCUAACUUUGGACCUGAGGAACAAUCGUUUCAAUGGUACCGUGCCUGCGUCGCUUGCCUUAAUUUCAAACUUAACAGAGCUGAGGCUGGAAAACAACAAUUUUGACAAAAUACCUGAAGCUCUUCUUCUGAAACAAGGCUUAAACAUUACUUAUGACCCCAAUGUGGAGAUAGUGAGUGAGAAUAAAUCGUCUUCUGGCUUUCCCACUGGAGGUAUUGUCGGAGUCUCGGUUGGAGCAGCGGCUGUGGUUAUUGCAAUCUUAGCUAUCAUGCUGUACAGAAGCAGAAAGGUUAAGGAUGGACACCACUUAUCGCAAGAGGACAUGCCGAAAUCAGCCAAGGCAUUUACGUUGAAGCAGAUCAAAGAGAUCACUGAGAACAAGAAAACUCUAAUUGGAAAAGGAGGAUUCGGAACAGUCUACUAUGGCAAGCUGUCUGAUGGUAAAGAAGUGGCAGUCAAAAUCAGAGCACCCGAUUCUAAGCAAGGGACAAUAGAGUUUCUAAACGAGGUUCGACUCCUAUCAAAGCUGCAUCACCGGAAUCUGGUACCUUUGGUUGGCUACUGCCUGGAAGCAAACCAGCAGAUUCUGAUCUACACCUACAUGCACAAACUGACCCUAGAACAUCAGCUUCACCGCAGAGGUACUGGCGUCAAUCCCCUGGAUUCCAAGGCGGAUGAUUCUUCCACGAAUGAGCAUCUGAGCUGGAAAACGCGACUCAAUAUUGCUCUGGAAGCUGCACGAGGUCUCGAGUACCUACACAAGGACUGCAAACCGCCGAUCAUACAUCGGGAUGUCAAAUCAUCCAACAUUCUGCUGGGUGACAAACUUCAAGCCAAGGUUGCAGAUCUGGGAAUCUCAAAACAAGCCCCAGAACCAGACCCAGAAGCGCUAGACAUGAGCGGAGUCUCCACUGCAAUCAAAGGCACCUUCGGCUAUCUAGAUCCAGAAUAUUACGUCAGACGAAAGCUUACGACGAAGAGCGACGUUUUCAGUUUUGGAGUCGUGCUUCUGGAAGUGAUCACUGGCAAGCGGCCAGUGAGUGAUAAAUUUCCCGACAGUACCGAAACAAACUUGAUUGAAUGGGUUCGAGCUGCAGUGCGGGAUGGCCAGGUCGACACUAUCGUGGAUCCGUCGUUGGGAGGUGAGUACGAGCAAGAAGGAGUGCUCCUGGUGACGAGACUGGCGCUUUCGUGCAUUCUGCCCAACGGCGCAGAGAGGCCAGACAUGGGCGAGGUUAUGAAUGUUCUCACUGAGGCCCUGCAAAUGGAAGGCGAAAUCAUCGAGCAUCAGGAGCACGCUGCUCACCCAACUGUCCCAUACUCUGGGCAGCUGAAGCCCGGAUUUCCUCCGGAGACUUUCACGGUUAAUUCUGACUCUUACCCAUCGUCUGAGGUUUACACUCAUCCAUCUUGGAACACGGACCCCAGAUAGAUCGAUCUUGAGAGGAAACGGAUGUCAAUCGAUCUGUUGCGGCUCAGAUUCAUUAUAUGAUUCGCUUCAAUUCAGCUUCUACAGAUUUUAGCUCCCAUUGUCGAGCACAAAGUUUCCUUCGAGUUUAAACCCAGUGGUGCUUCCUUGGGCCCCAGAAUGUUUAUAAAUUGUCCGUGAAGUAGCUACGAGGAAGAAGACACCUCACUUGUUUCUGUUCUAGUUUGGAGAUCGUAAUCAAGAGUUUUGAAGCCCAAAACGCAA